AUGAAGUUCUCGAACGCGUUACAACUCCUUCUUGCUCCCUUGGCCGUUGCCAAGUCCGCUCGCACUAGCAGGCAGAUUAGGAGGGAUCCCAACGUCGGCGUUGGCAGUGUUGCUGGCGUUGGUGGUGUUGCUGGCGUCGGUGGUGUCGCCGGUGUUGGUGGUGUUGGCGGUGUCGUUGGAGGCGUCGGUGCUAUUGGAGGCAUUGGCCUCGGUGCCAUCAGCGGCGUCAACGCCGUCAUCGUCUGGGUUAACCAGGGUGGUGGUCUUCCUCCCACCACUCUCAACCAGCAAGUGACUGUGACUCAGACCGUCACCGUCCCCGCGGGCGCUGCUCCCACCGCCAUUGCUGGCGUCGACGGUGUCUCCACCACCAUCCAGCCCGGUGCUAGCGGUGUCAUUGCCGGCACCGGUGCCACCCAUUCCGUCGACGUCGGUGGUCCUCAGGGUCUCUCCUUCUUCCCUCAGGAGGUCGCCGCCAAUGUUGGUGACAUGAUCAUCUUCACCUUCUACGGCCAGAACCACACCGUCACCCAGUCCGCUUUCGACACCCCCUGCGACCCCCUCGCCGGCGGCAUGGACUCCGGCUUCAUGGCCAACCCCGACAACACCAUUGUCCCCCCUCCCCAGGUUGCCAUGCAAGUCAUGACCACCGACGCCCUCUGGAUGUUCUGCGCCCAGGGCAACCACUGCGGCCGCGGCAUGACAUUCUCCAUCAACCCCACCGCCGCCAAGACACACGCUCAGUUCCAGGCCAACGCCAUCGCCCAGCGCGGAGGUGACCUCCCUGGCACCGCCAUCACCGGCGGAACUGGCGCUGCUCCCGCAGACAACGCCGCCCCGGCCCCUGCCCCUGCGGCUCCCGCUCCCGUCGACCCUGCCUCUUCUGCUGUGGGCUCGGCCGACCCUGCCGCCUCUUCGGUUGAUGUCGCCGCGCCUGCUCCCGUCAACCCCUCCAUCGCCUCCUCGGGCUCCAUUCCCGUCGCUUCUGCUCCCGCGUCUGUUGGCAACAGCGCUACCCUCGGUGGAGGCAUCGUUAUGGGCCAGGGCACCAUCGGAGCCGAUGGCUCUUGCCAGUGCGCCGUUCAGUGCGCCGGGGGCGCUUUCCCCGACCCUGCUACCCAGGGUCUCAACGCUUUCGGUGGUGUUGCUGGCACGAUAGACAUGAACUCUGCUGGUGUUGUCGCUGGUGCUGCCGCGCCCGCUGCUCCUGCUCCCGCUGCUCCUGCUCCCGUCACCCCUGCCCGUCGCUAA